CGCCAUGGUAACCUUUUGUUGUCUGUGGGGCCGAGAUGAAACUUAAGCGAUUUUUUCUCAGAUAUUACCCACCAGGUAUAAUCCUGGAAUAUGAGCAAUCAGGCUAUCUGAGGACCAAAUCGAUCGAUCUUCUUGAUCUGACACCCGAAACAAACCCGGAUGAGGUGGUGUCAGAAAUCAAACAAUCAGAGCCUCUUAUCACAGAGUCCCGGGCAGAGCAAGUCAAGGAGUUGGUAGUUCGACUCCAACAGAAACGGAAUCAAAAGGAACGCCACAGGUUCUGCUUCUGCAAGGAGCUGAAGGCCCACAUUCUGCCUCUAACGAAUGUUGCCUUUGACAAAUCUGGAGCAAGGUUCAUAACUGGGAGUUAUGACAGGACAUGCAGAGUGUGGGACACUGCCUCUGGCAGAGAGCUGCAUACACUCGAGGGUCACAGAAACGUAGUUUACGCAAUCGCAUUCAACAAUCCCUAUGGAGACAAGAUUGCCACAGGCUCUUUCGAUAAGACCUGCAAACUGUGGUGUGCAGAGACUGGCAAAUGCUUUCAUACUUUCCAUGGACACAGGGCUGAAAUAGUGUGCCUGGCAUUCAACCCUCAGAGCACGCUGGUGGCCACGGGCAGCAUGGAUGCCACUGCAAAGCUAUGGGAUGUGGAAAGUGGGGAGGAGGUGGCCACACUGAGUGGCCACACAGCCGAGGUCCUCUCUUUGUGCUUCAACACCGUCGGCAAUCAUCUUGUCACUGGCUCCUUUGACUACACAGUUGCUAUAUGGGAUGUUGCAUCCAAAAGGCGUGUUCACACUCUGACAGGUCACAUGGGAGAAAUAAGUAAUGUUCAGUUUAACUGGGAUUGCUCACUCAUAGUCUCUGGUUCGAGUGACAAAACCUGUAAGUUGUGGGAGGUUGUCAGUGGGAAGUGUGUGGCCACCCUAGUCGGACACACGGAGGAGGUGUUGGAUGCGAGUUUUGAUUUAAGCGGUCAGCUUAUUGCUACAGCUUCUGCUGAUGGUACAGCAAAAGUAUUCAGUGCAACUACACAUGAGUGUCUGGUGACAAUGAAGGGCCAUGCAGGGGAAAUCUCCAAGAUCUGCUUCAGCCCUCAGGGAAGCAGGGUCCUCACAGCAAGCUUUGACAAGACAGCCCGUCUGUGGGACGUUCAGUCCGGAGAGUGCCUUCAAGUCCUAGAGGGCCACACUGACGAGAUCUUCUCCUGUGCCUUCAACUACGAGGGAGACACUAUCAUUACAGGCAGCAAGGAUAACACAUGUCGGAUCUGGUGCUGACCUUUCCUCGAACCAAUCAGACGAUCAGAUCGGCAUAUAUCAUGAGUACAGCAAUCAAGUUUGGAUUACCAUCCCCAUAACACAUUUGAAAAAAAAAAAAAAAA